GCAAGUGCUGGUCAGUCUACGAGGGUCGUCAGUGCAUUAAGUUCAGCACAAUUUUCCAGAAACCCCCAAAAACUAUAGUAGCUCUUGAGCAUUAAGUUCUUCCGUCUGCGAUGGAGUUUCCGCCUUGUCCUCCUUCGUUAAAGUCUAUCCAGCACUUUUUGAAGCUGGCCCAGGAACACGACACCCGGGAUGUGGUCAUUGCUUACUGGGCAAGACUCUAUGCCCUCCAAGUGGGUCUCAAGGCCUCCACCCAAACGGGCGAGGAAACCAAACUGCUACUCGGCAUUAUGGACUGGCUGGAGCAGAUGAAGAAACAGUACGCGGAUAACGAGGCGGUGACCAAUGAGGUGGCUGCCCAGGCUCACAUCGAAAACUACGCCUUAAAACUGUUUCUGUACGCCGACAAGCAGGAUCGGGAGGAGAACUUUGGCAAAAACGUUGUCAAGGCCUUCUAUUCUAGCGGAGUGCUUUACGACAUACUCCAGACUUUCGGGGAGCUGAGCGAGGAGGCACUACACAACAGAAAGUACGCCAAGUGGAAGGCUGCCUACAUCCACAAUUGCCUGAAAAACGGAGAGACACCGAUUCCCGGUCCUUUACCAGAUGACGAUGAUGAGGCGGAACUCGAGGGGGGAGCCAAUGCAAACGCCUCGGCAGACGCAUCACCCGAGGAUGAAGCGGGAGCUGCUCCAUCUGAACCUGAACCUGCUCCCACUUCGCCGACGACUUCCAGCGUAGUGCCUCCCACAGCCGAGGAGGUGCUGAACAAUCCGAACAAAUUGCCCAGUCCGCCGGUGGACGAAGAGAAGCCGGGUGGCUUUGAGCCCUAUGUGCCCACCGCACAGCCGCACCCGGCCACGGCGGCCACCAUUUACCAGCCCAUUGUGCCCGUGGCCGGAGUGCAGAUCACUCCUGACCAAAUGAUUACCGCCCAGAAGUAUUGUAAGUACGCCGGGAGUGCUCUCAACUAUGACGACGUGAAGACGGCCAUUGAGAACCUGCAGAAGGCCCUCAAGCUAUUGAGCACUGGAUCCGAGUAGGGCCAACAUAUAUGUAUAUGUUAAGAAUAAUUUUGUAGGCACAGUUACGGCUUAGAGCACCACUAUAACCAAUAAUCUCCCGCUUAACACGCGUUGCAAAAGAAAAGUGAAUAGAAGUUUAGAAUGACGUUGGAUAAUUAUUUUUGUAUAUGUAUGAGUUGUUCAAAUUUAUUAAAAUUGUUUCUAAAAGUCGUAAUUUAGAUGGAUUCGACUAAGUGCCCGUUACGAAGAGGA